AUGGGUGUUGCUGGGAAUGUCCUGUCACUAUUGACAGUGCCCAAUGUCAUUUUGGGUCUGAUCGCUUAUGUGGUUUUCAAAUUUGGUUAUCAGAUCAUUUACUAUCGUUAUUUCCACUCACUUUCUAAGUUCCCCGGUCCUUUCUGGGGCUCUGUGACUCGACUAUGGAUCGCAUGGCAUAAUCUGCAGGAAACAGAGGUGCCCACUGUCUAUGAAUUGGCGAAGGAACAUGGUCCUGUUAUUCGCAUUAGCCCGACAUUGCUGCUGGUCAGCGAUUACCAGAAGCUCCCGGAAGUCUACCACCGCAAUGUAGACAAAACCGGUCAUUAUAUCACUGGAAGCUUUGGAGAAAAUGAAUCACUGUUCAACAUGAGGUCUCACAAGACUCACGCAGUAUUCAGAAAACAUGUUGCCGGACCGUACUCUUUCACCAACAUCAAGAAAAUGGAACCCUUGCUCGACAUGCGCAUUCAACAAUGGACGAGCAAGCUUAAUGAAAAGUUCAUCAAAACCGGCGAAGCCUUCGACUUCUCCUGGUGGGCCGUCUACAUGGCCUACGAUAUCAUCAGCGAAAUAGGCUUCGGCGAACCCUUCGGCUUCAUAGAAAAAGGCGAAGACAUCGGCGGCCUAAUCCAAGGCUUCCAUGAUGGCCUCCCAGCCUUCGGCCUCUUAGCCCGCCUGCACCCCUUCACCUCGUGGAUAAAAACAACCUUCUUGAAGAAAUACCUAGUCGCAAAACCAGAAGACAACACCGGAAUCGGCGUGCUCAUGCGCUUCCGCGACCGCCUCAUCGACCAGCGCAUCAAAGACAUCGAAACAGGCAAAAAGGUCCCUACAGAUCUCCUGCAAACUUUCCUGGAAGCCCAGACCGACGAGGGAAAACCCCUCGACCUGGAAUACAUCCGCGCGGAGGUUCUUCUCGUUCUCCUCGCCGGCGCCGAUACAACAGGGACAGCCUUCCAGGCGCUGAUGACCUUCCUGCUCACAAACCCGGAUGCGUACGAGCGCAUGAUGGCUGAGAUUGAUACUGCAGCGCGGAAGGGUUUGAUCUCAGAGAUGCCGCAGUAUAAUGAGGUUCUGGAACAUUUGCCGUUUUUUGUUGGUUGUAUUAAGGAGACUAUGCGGCUUUGUCCUUCUGCACCGAACAUUUUCCCUCGCUAUGUUCCUGAGCCGGGUAUUGAGCUUUAUGGUCGGUUUGCUCCGGCUGGGACAGAGAUUACUUGUAAUCCUUAUUUGGUCCAGCGCGAUCCGAAGCUUUAUGGGGAUGAUGCGGAGGAGUUCCGGCCUGAGCGGUGGUUGGAUGUUGAGAAGGCUAAGUUGUACAAUAAGUAUAACUUUGCGUUUGGGUAUGGGUCGAGGGUUUGCCUGGGGAAGGAUAUUGCUAUGAUGGAGUUGUUCAAGGGUCCUUUGCAGUUCUUCCGUCAAUAUAAAUUUGCCGCUGUGUCUGACAAGCCUGAGCCUAAAUUCGUGGUGAAGGGGGGUGUCGGGUACUGGAGGGAUGUCUGGCUCACUAUUUCGAAGAGACCGGAAGUCAAGGCCGAGUGA